GCUCUGGUCUGCUUCCUCCUGCUUUGAUCUGCCUCCUCCCACAGCCGUCGUUGCCUCUUGCAUCUACCCCCUGCCUGUAUCCCAUUCACAGCCUCCCGCUCCAGACAUGCUCAACAGCGAGUACGGCCCCAACGUCUCGAACGAUGCCGAGAACUUUUUCCAGUCUGACCGGGACAUCGAGCUCGCCCGACAGCGGGACGAGAAGAAAAGCGCCAUCGGAUCCACUGCGGGCAACCCUGUGCAGCUCCCAUCCAAGAUCCUGGAUUUCUGCUUUAGCAGCCAGUCCGACGGGGUCUCGAGGAUCGAAGCCUUUGUGGCCGAAUCGGGACAUGUGGCCCGGAAGGUCGACCUCAAGACUGGCAAGGUUCUCAAGACAUUCCGUGGUCACUCGGGCCCCGUCACAUCGAUCGCUGUCGUCUACGACUCGACAGGCGUCGAGGCGUUCGUUCUGACCGGCUCUUGGGACAAGACAGUUCGCAAAUGGGAUAUUGAGACAGAGACCUGCGUCCAUAUCUACAAGGGCCACUCGGACUUUGUCAAGUCCAUCGUCGUGGCGGGCGCCCACUUUUACUCGGGCUCGAGCGACUCGACCAUCCGCAAGUGGGAUCUCGCCACGGGCCAGAACGUGCUGACCCUCAAGGAGCACAGCCGCUCCGUCGAGUCUCUUACGAUCGACGACGAUGGCGAGUAUCUCUUCUCUGGAUCGUCCGACAACACCAUCAAGAAAUGGAGCCUGAUCUCGGGCAAGCUCGAAGCCACUCUCACCGGACACCUGACCUCGAUUUACCGGCUCAUCGUUCGGGACGGCUCGCUCUGGUCUGUCUCGGCCGACAAGACAGCCCGACGCUGGGACCUUGAGACGAUGCAAGCCGAUUCGACUUUUCUGCAUAGCGACUUUGUCAAAUCCAUCGACAUUGGAGAUCGCUACAUCUUCACAGGAUCCCGAGACGAGAACAUCCGCGUCUGGGAUAUUGGGACGGAAAAGUGCGUCAAGAUCAUCCAAGGACACUACGGAGAGAUCUCGGCGAUCCGGCUGCUGGGCACCAAGAUCUGGACGGCAUCGCUCGAUGGAACCAUUCGCAGCUGGAGCAUUCUCGAGGAAGACAUCCGUGCUCUGCCGGAUGUCACCGAGUCCAUCAUUGAGCCCGUCGUUGACGAGUCGGAGCUAGAGCCUCCCGUUGCGGCUCCCAAGAUGAUGACCGAGGAUGAAGAGCGCGAGUUGGAGGAGCUUAUGGGCGACGACUGAGUGCUGGGAGCCAUGGGUGUGCCCGCAGCAUGCAAGCCUGAAUGCCGAAAUAGACCUGCUCACCUCAUCCAC